UGCCCCGCGGCAAGAUGGCGGCGUGAAGGCAGCAGGCGGCGGCGGAAAGUUUGUUGUGGGGUUGGAGUAGUCGCGCGGGGGAGGCUAGAGUUGCGGAGAGUCGUGCGAUCGCGGCGAGGACCGAAGAUUCGAGGGCCCCAGGGACUGGAAGAAAUCACAGUGCCUGCUUGGAAAGAAGAAGGGAUAUCAGACUUGCCCCAGCUCAACCCCAGAGCGGAGAGCUUCAUUUUCCUGGGUCAGCGAGCGGGGCCCGUCGGUGGGCAGGUGGCGUGCUCCACCUUGCCUGCCUGUGUUCUGGGUGGCCGGGCGCUCCCGAGGGCCGAAGGCUCCAGGGCUGGGCUGCUCACAAGCCAAGCUGUCUGUUUGUAUGGAGUGCCUGGAAGGUGUCUGCCAUGAGUCUGUCGCUAACCACACUAACCAGGAGAGCUGGCUGGUUGGGGAGAAGUCACUAGCUCUGAACUCUUGGCUGGAGCGAGUGGAGGGGCUGUGGGAUGCGGAGAGCCCAGGGCUGACGCCCGGACCGCGGAACCCACGUAGCUGCUGACACGCAGACGGCGCGUCCCUGGACAGCGGAACCCACGUAGCUGCUGACGCGCAGACGGUGGAGGAGCGUGCCACCCUCCCAGGAUGAGCACAGCGGCCCCUGCGAAAAAACCCUAUCGCAAGGCCCCCCCGGAGCACCGGGAGCUGCGGCUGGACACGCCUGCGUCGCGGCUGGAGCAGGAGCCCCUGACGGACGCAGAGAGGAUGAAGCUCCUGCAGCAGGAGAACGAAGAGCUUCGCCGGCGCCUGGCCUCAGCCACCAGGCGCACGGAGGCCCUGGAGCGAGAGCUGGAGAUCGGGCAGGACUGCCUGGAGCUGGAGCUGGGCCAGAGCCGCGAGGAGCUGGACAAGUUCAAGGACAAGUUCCGCAGGCUGCAGAACAGCUACACCGCCUCCCAGAGGACCAACCAGGAGCUGGAGGACAAGCUGCACACCCUGGCCUCUCUUAGCCACAGCUGGAUCUUUGCAAUCAAGAAGGCCGAGAUGGACAGGAAGACGCUGGACUGGGAGAUCGUGGAGCUGACCAACAAGCUGCUCGAUGCCAAGAACACCAUCAACAGGCUGGAGGAGCUCAAUGAGCGGUACCGGCUGGACUGCAACCUGGCUGUGCAGCUCCUCAAGUGCAACAAGUCCCACUUCCGGAACCACAAGCUCGCCGACCUGCCCUGUGAGCUACAGGACAUGGUUCGAAAACAUCUGCACGGCGGUCAGGAGGCGGCCAGCGUGGACCCCGCGCCCAGCCUGGCUCCGGGGGCCGUGGUGCCCACCUCAGUCAUCGCCCGGGUGUUGGAGAAGCCAGAGUCUCUCCUGCUCAAUUCCGCCCAGUCAGGCAGUGCGGGGCGCCCCUUGGCUGAGGACGUGUUCGUGCACGUGGACAUGAGUGGCGGCGUUCCCGGGGACCCAGCCAGUCCUCCAGCCCCAGGCAGCCCCCAGCCCAACGGGGAGUGCCGAGCCGUGGGCCCUGCGGGGGGCUCCCCGGAGGAGGAGCUGCCCCUGCCAGCCUGUGAGAAGCUGAGUCCCUACCCCACCCCAUCGCCACCCCACCCGCCGUAUCCGGGCCGCAGGGUCAUCGAGUUCUCUGAGGAUAAGGUCCGGAUCCCUCGCAACAGCCCCCUGCCCAACUGCACCUACGCCACCCGCCAGGCCAUCUCCCUGAGCCUGGUGGAGGAGGGCAGCGCGCGGGCCCGCCCCAGCCCGGAGCCCAGCAGCCCGGCCUCGGCCCCGGCCUCCCCGCACCGCCGGCCCGGCCCGGCCCCGCCGGCGCCCAGCGCCCCCGCCAGCUCGCCCAGCUCGGAGGAGGACCUGCUGGCCAGCUGGCAGCGCGCCUUUGUGGACCGCGCCCCCGCUCCCGCCGCCCUGGCGCAGCGCACCGCCUUCGGCCGGGAGGCGCUCCCGGAGCUGCAGCGCCAUUUUGCCCUCAGCCCCGCGGACGGAGAUGAGGUGGUCCUGGUGCCUUCUCCACCCGAGGAUCGCGGGCUUCUGCAGCCCACAGAACCGGACUCUGGGUUUCCCGGGGAGGAGGAGGAGGAGGAGGAGGAGGAGCUCAACCUCCCCAUCAGCCCCGAGGAGGAGCGCCGGAGCCUGCUGUCUGGCGACAGGGGCGCGGAGGAGGGGUCCCCUGCUCCCCACGCCGAGGCCCGGGCCUGGCCUCUUCCCACGUCCAGUCGCCCCCAGCGCAGCCCCAAGAGGAUGGGGGUGCACCACCUUCACCGCAAGGACAGCCUGACCCAGGCCCAGGAGCAGGGCACCCUGCUCGGCUAGGCCCCCCGCCUUCCUCCCCACACUGACCUGCAGGCCUCCACCUCCCCGGCCGCACUGCCGUCCCGGGUGCAGGGGCCCCGCAGGCCUUCCCGCCGCCGCACCCACGGGCACCGGCUCGGCUCGCCCAUCCGCCAGCUCUCCCUGCCCUCUGGGACAUUCCCCCGCCAGAGGGCACUCGCGGGCGGGCGGGGCUCAGGCAGCCGGGCGGGCCUUGGAGGGAGCCGAGGGACUGAGCAGUGCAGUGCUCGCCCGCCCGCCGGCCUCAGGGCUCCCUCGGGGAGACAGGGUGGGCUAUGGGGGCUUCACGCUGGGCUCUGGGCGAGGCCUGGCCCCCUUCUUCACCUGGGCUCUAGACUGUUACUCCCAGCUUUGGGAAUUUUUCACAAUAAUGACUUUUAAAAUCAAAUAAACUAUUUUACUGGUA